AUGGCGGCAUCAUGGCCUUUGUUCUUUGCCUCUGUCCUAGCUUUCCUCACAGGAUGUUCGAACGCUGCGAAUUUCACAUUGCAUAACAGAUGCAGCCAAACCAUAUGGCCUGGAAUUCUGACCGGCGCCGGAAAACCUCCGCUGAUGAACGGCGGGCUGGAGCUGAAGCCGGGCCAAUCGGCCAACGCCCUGGCGCCAACUGGGUGGUCGGGCCGCUUCUGGGCCCGCACGGGCUGCAGCUUCGACAAUUCGGGCCAACAGGGGAAUUGCACCACCGGGGACUGCGGGGGCCGCCUCGCGUGCAACGGCAACGGGGGAGCUCCUCCGGUGUCCCUGGCCGAGUUCACUCUCGACAGCCCGCAGGACUUUUACGACGUGAGCCUCGUCGACGGGUUCAAUCUCCCCGUUUCCAUAGUGCCCUCGGGCGGGUCGGGCGACUGCUCCACGGUCGACUGUAGGUCAAACUUGAACCCCGACUGCCCCGAAAAUUUGCGGGAAAACAGUGGCGGGAAAGUGGUGGCGUGUAAAAGCGCGUGCUUGGCUUUCGGGGAGGAUCGGUAUUGUUGUGCGGGAGAGUACAACAAUCCCAGCGUGUGUAAGCCGAGCAACUAUUCGGUGUAUUUCAAGAAGGCUUGCCCGACGGCCUACAGCUACCCUUACGAUGAUGCCACCAGUACUUUUACGUGCAAGGGGGCUAAUUAUUCUAUCAUAUUUUGUUGA